AUGGGUACAAGCGGCUCCAGGCGCGAGACACUAAUAGUUGGCUUCCUGUGCGCAGCGUGGUAUAUGUUAAGUUCAGCCAGUAAUGUCGUGGGCAAACUGGCAUUAACAGAGCUACCAUUUCCACUAACUAUGACAGCGGUACAGCUGUGUGCAGCGGCCUCGCUGAGUGUACCCGCGCUAGCCCUGUGUGGAGUACGUUCGACGCGAUGGCCGACGAACUAUUGGACCCGUGUCUUAGUACCCUUGGCGAUCGCCAAACUUCUUACCACACUGUGCUCGCAAGUUUCCAUUUGGAAAGUGCCAGUCUCCUAUGCCCACACAGUGAAAGCGACGACUCCUCUCUGGACGGCGGGGCUGGCUCGCGUACUGUUUGGGGAGCGCGUGUCUCGCGGCGUGGCGGGCGCGCUGCUCGUGAUCGCGGGCGGGGUCGCGCUCGCCUCGCUCACCGAGCUGCAGUUCGAUGCGCUGGGGCUGGGAGCCGCGCUCACGUCCGCCGCGCUGUUGGCGCUGCAGCAUCUGUAUUCGAAGCGCGCGCUGCAGGACUCCGGCGUGCACCACUUGCGACUGCUGGCGACGUUGUCGGGUCUGGCGCUGGUGCCGAUGGCUCCGUUGUGGUUGGUGCGGGACGCCGGCGCCGUACUGCGCGCCCAGGUGGCGUGGAACCGCGCGGGCCCGCUGCUGCUGGCGGACGGGGUGCUGGCGUGGCUGCAGGCGGUGGCUGCGUUCUCGGUGUUGUCGCGAGUGUCGCCGCUGACGUACUCAGUGGCGUCGGCUGCGAAGCGCGCCGUGGUGGUGGGCGCGUCGCUGGUGGUGCUGAGGAACCCGGCGCCGCCGCUGAACGUGGUGGGCAUGUCGGUGGCAGUGCUGGGUGUGCUGGCUUAUGACCGAGCCCGAGCGGCCGCCCGCCGCGCCCCCCGCCCCGCGCUGCCAGUCUGACAUUCGAUCACUUUAAUGUUCGAACGCUGUUUCUCAUGUC